CAUAAGAAAGCUCAGUGAGUGUUGGUCUGUAACGGGAGGAGGAGUCCGAGGGAACCGGCUCGACCGGUGCAGCGCUUCACUGUGAUUUCCUUCUCUAGAGUCUCAUUAACCUCCUCGGUAUCAUCGGUACACAAACACAAGGACUGGAGAGCAGCGAGGCAUUCGUCCAGAGCUUCAGGUUACAGAAUGACGGAUAACGUCCGGCGAGUGGUGUCCAAAGAUGGCCGCAGUAACGUGAAGAUCGAUAAUGUAGAAGGGAUGGUCAAGCUCUUCCUCCACGACAUCUGGACCACGGUGGUGGACAUGAAGUGGCGCUACAAGAUCUCGCUGUUCGUCUCCACCUUCAUCACCACGUGGUUCGUGUUCGGAGUCGUCUUCUACCUCAUCGGCCUGAGGAACGGCGACUUCCACGCUGACCCGUCAUCCAAUCACACGCCCUGCGUGAUGAACGUGGACUCGCUGACCGGCGCCUACCUGUUCUCUCUGGAGACCCAGACCACCAUCGGCUACGGCUUCCGGCACAUAUCUGAAGAGUGUCCUCUGGCCAUCGGCACGCUCGUGCUGCAGCUGGUCGUCACGGGGCUGGCCGAGAUCUUCGUGACCGGCGCGUUCCUGGCCAAGCUGGCCCGACCCAAGAAGCGCGCGGGAAGCAUCAGGUUCAGCCGCUCGGCGGUAGUGUGCGAGUGCGCCGGGGUUCGGCGUCUGAUGGUGCGCGUGGCUAACAUGAGGAACAGCCUCCUGAUUCAGUGCCAGCUCUCAGGGAAGCUGCUCUCCACCCACGUCACGCAGGAAGGCGAGAAGAGCCUGGUGCACCAGACCGCUGUGGACUUCCAGCUGGACUCGAGCGGCGAGUGUCCGUUCCUGCUGCUGCCGCUCACCUUCUAUCACGUGCUGGACGAGCGAAGCCCUCUGAGGAGCCUCACGGCCGAGAACCUGCCCCGUCAGGAGCUGGAGCUGCUGCUGACGCUGAACGGCUGCAUGGAGUCGACGGCCGCCAGCUGCCAGAGCCGGACGUCUUACCUGCCGCAGGAGAUCCUCUGGGGCUACCAGUUCAGACCCGUGCUGACCCACGCGGCCGGCGGGAGACUGGCCGCAGACUUCAGCUGCUUCGACCAGGUCCAGGCCUGCAGCAACACCGAGAAGCUCCAGCUGGAGGAGGAGUACAGACGGGAGUGAAGAGGAAAGCAGAAGAUCGCUGAUGAGCUGCUCACACGCACUACACUUGUUUGUGUGCUAGUAUAAAUAUCUAAGAACAGUUUAAUCAAGAGGAAUUAAAUAUGUCACUUUUCCCUUAAAGGAUAAAGAAUAUCAAGUAAAUGCGUCUUGAUUCAAAAAAGUUUAGAUGUUUAUAAUAGAAAAGUAAAAAAGAGAGAUUUUUUUCUCUGCAAGAAAGAUCUCUGAUUAUUAUCGAUGUUGAAAACGGGAAAAAGAAACUGUGAUACGUUUAAUUUUUCAGGAUUAACAUAUGAAUAAAAAGUUUAAAAUAACAGCACUUAUUUAAAAUAAUCUAUGCAACAUAUAGAUGCCUUUACUGUCACUUUAGAUCAGUUUCAUUACUUUAAAAUGAUAGCAGUAUUUCACACUUUUUACUGUACUUUUGAUCAAAUAAAUGCUUAGCAAAAUUACUCUAUAUAGUUAUUUCUGGUCUUAUUGGGAAUGAUUAUUCAGUAAAUUAUUUAAAUUAAUAUUUGUCUUUAUAAUUAGAAUACAGUGAUUUAUUGAUCAUCUUUUGCUCUUCUGGUUUCUGGAUUGUUUUUUUUUUCUCUAUAUUAAAAUAUAUUUUAGACAUUUUGGAAUUGUUUUAAGAAAAAAAUGUGAUUCUUAUUUCUGUGCGAA